GGUAUACUUACGCCCGCAAUACCUGACUGUCAGCUGUAUCUUGCGGUCCAAGACGUGCUUGCAGGGCAGACAUAAGGCUUGCAUAAAUACGACCAAUAUACGGACAUGCCGGAAGCAUUUGCACCGCUCAAAAAUGACCUGCUCAUUAGGGCAGCUAAAGGCGAGGAGACCGCAAGGGCACCCGUAUGGGUCAUGCGCCAAGCAGGACGAUACCUCCCAGAAUUCAGAGCCGUGCGAGCGAACCACGAGUUCUUCGAGAUAUGCAGAACUCCAGAGUUAGCAAGCGAAAUCACGCUGCAGCCCAUCAGACGGUACAAAGGUCUGCUCGAUGCUGCCAUCAUCUUCAGCGACAUCCUCGUCGUCCCCCAAGCGAUGGGCAUGGACGUCCAGAUGACACCCGGUCCCUACUUUCCUGAACCGCUGAAUGUGCCCGCGGACGUGGAGAAGCUAAAGAAAGUGGUGGACGUGAACGUUGAGCUCGGGUACAUGUUCGAGGCUAUCACGAAAGUCCGGAAAGAGCUGAACGGCGAAGUUCCGCUAAUCGGAUUCUGCGGGGCACCGUGGACGCUGUUCUCGUACAUGAUCGAGGGCGGGGGGACAAAGACGUUCCAGAAGUGCAAGACUUGGCUAUUCAAGUAUCCCGAGGAGAGCAAGGCGCUGCUCACGCGGAUAGCAGAUGUCUGCGUAGACUUGCUGGUCGGCCAAAUCAAAGCCGGCGCACAGCUCGUGCAAGUAUUCGACUCCUGGGCUGGGGAGCUCUCCCCGCACGACUUUGCGAUUUUUUCUCUUCCCUCCCUGAAGCGGAUAUCCGCUGGCGUUCGCUCUCGCCUCGCCUCCGAGAACAUACCCGCAGUACCCAUGACACUCUUCGCUAAAGGCGCCAACCAGUCGUUGGCAGCACAAGCAGUCGCCGGUUAUGAUGUACUCGGCCUUGACUGGUGUAUUGACGCCGUGGAGGCGCGCCGGAUCGUCGGGGACAAGGUAGCCUUGCAGGGCAACUUGGACCCGAACGUCCUGUACGGCGGUCGGGAGGCGAUAGAGAGAGAGGUGAAGAGGAUGGCCGAGAGCUUCAAGAUGGGAGGGUCUGCGAAAGGGUGGAUCGCAAACCUGGGCCACGGGAUCACUCCCGGGGUAGACCCGGAGGACCUACGCUUCUUCUUCGAGUGUGUCCACAAGUAUUCGGCCAAAGCUGUCUAG